AUGGCGGAUUUCGAUACAGAUUCUCGGCAUCCGCGCCCACCGCAGCUUGCGCGGGAUACGCAGAGCGUACACGAUGCCACGUCAUCAUCCGGUGGCGUGACAUGGCAGGCGCCGUCCCCACCCUCCUCGUCCUCGUGGUGGCGGAAUUUCUUAAAAGCAGCCGUCCACGUCAAGAUCCCCUCCACCGCUGACGUGGCAGGUCUAGCUGGCAGCAGCGCCGUUUCCACGCCUCCCGCCGCUGCAAGCACCAGCACCAGCGCGAGCGGCAUGCGCGGCGCCACCAGCGGCGGUGGCGGCGGCAGCAGCGGCAGCGCGGGUUUGAGGGUAAUUCACGCUUUCGAGCCCGUGAGCAUUGGAAGUACCGAGAGCAACCCGCUUCUGGCGGAAACCUACCCAAUCCGCGAGGCGGAUGAGAAAGACGGCGCAGGGAAGGAAGGAGGAGUUAGCAUCGACCAUUCCACCCGUGCAAAUAGUGUCGACCAAUCAGCAUCCGCCCAGGAAUCGGCAUUCCCUAUGCCGCCACCUCCCAAGCCCCCGGCGCUCACGCGCUCUCUCUCCCUCCUCGACCUCAUCCUCCUCGGCAUCGGCGCUUCCAUUGGCUCAGGCAUCUUCGUCGUGACAGGUGUCGCCGCGCGAUUGGCCGGGCCGGCCGUGUCCCUGUCUUUUCUCCUAGCAGGCCUGGCGUCUCUCCUGAACGCGCUCUGCUACGCCGACCUUGCCGCCCGCUUCCCCGGCCGGGUGGGCGGCGCGUACCUCUACGGGCACGCGUGCCUCGGGCAGCUCGCGUUGUUUGUCCUGUUCUGCCACUUGGUGCUGGACUACCACGUGGGGGCGGCAGCGAUCGCCAGGAGCCUGGCGAGUUAUUUGGCGUCUCUGGUGGAGGUGGCAUCUGGGGCAGGGCUACCUGGCGUGCUCGCACCAGGAGGCCUCCCUGCGAUGCUAUCAGCCUCUGCACUCGUCUUCUUCUCCUACAUCGGCUUCGAUGCCGUGGCCAACACAGCAGAGGAGUCCCUCCAUCCCCGCCGCGACGUGCCCCGCGGCCUCCUCCUCGCCCUCGCCGCCUGCUCCCUCCUCUACAUCUCCGUCUCCCUCGUCCUCACCGGCAUGGUCCCGUACACGCUCCUCGACCCCGCUGCACCGCUCUCCACCGCGUUCGCCUCCCUCGGGUUGCGUUUCAUGGAGAGAAUUAUUGACAUUGGGGCUGUAGUGGGGCUGACAACUACUCUCCUGACCGGAUUGUAUGUGCAGUCUCGCAUGUAUCUGGCCUUGGCGAGGGAUGGGAUGCUGCCUGUGUGGUUUCUACAGGUGAAUGCGGGGAGUCAUGUGCCGGUGCAUGCGCAGUGGUGGGUGGGGGGAGUGGCUGCGGCGAUGGCGGCCGUGUUUGACGUGGGGAAGCUGUCGCAUAUUUUGUCGGUGGGGGUGUUACUGAGUUACUCUAUAGUGUGUAUGUGCGUGCUGGCGAUGAGGGUUGAGUCGUACCGUGGAGGGGGGAGUGGCUGUGCUGGUGUGGGGGAGGAAGGGGUAGAGCGAUUGGAUGAUGCACUUUUAGCACAAGAGGGUCGUGGCCUUGACUUCAACGGUCCCAUGGUGGUGUACAGCUGGCCCACGGUGGGGCGGGCGAGCUGGGAUUGGUCAGUCAUUCCGUGUAUUUUUCCUACUUCUCCCUCACGUGCCUCCCCUCCUCUCUCCCAGCGUGGCCUUGACUUCAACGGUCCCAUGGUGGUGUACAGCUGGCCCACGCGCGGCCUGGACUUCAACGGACCCAUGGAGGUGUACAGCUGGCCCACACGAGGCCUUGAUUUCAACGGGCCCAUGGUGGUGUACAGCUGGCCCACCGUGGGGCGGCCGUCCGUGUCGGUGGGGCUGGGGGUGAUCAGCCUGUACCGCCAGGACGAGAUCACCUGCAUGCAGGCUGCCCCUGACCUCAGGGAGCCGUCCGUGUUGGUGGGGCUGGGGGUGAUCAGCCUGUACCGCCAGGAUGAGGUCACCUGCAUGCAGGCUGCUCCCGACCUCAGGGAGCUGGAGUCAGACAACCUACUGAGAAUCCAUCUGUAUCGCAAUGACACGUGCAGGGACACGCUGCUCGAGAGGCUCGAGAGUAGGGCGGUGGAGGCGUUGGCGGAGGCUUUGGCCGAGGUGAGAAAUAGCCCGCAUCAUUCGGACAGUGAGUCAGUCCCGGGCAGCCCCCACUCCGCCGACUCGCUGUUCAGAUAUUUGAGAGAGUUUCCCGAGCACGCGGAUUUUGUGCGCGGGUACGUGCCGACGUCGGACGAUGGAUCUGUAUCCACAGUUGGCGACCUGCUCAACACCCUGAACGAGCUGUACCUGUUCUUCAAGGACGCUGAUUUGUCGGACAGAGAAAUAAAUAGAGUGUUGCACAUAUUCAACCACCCGGGAUACGAUCCUGCAGCGGUUCGGCGCUGGCAGAACGUCGCCGACGUGAGGCGGUUUGGGGAGGAACACGCGCCGGACGACAUGGUGCCGUGGCUCAAGGCAGAGAUUGAGGUGCGGGGCCCCGGAGGAAGGUCUCAGAUGCUAGAACUGCUGUACAAGGACACCAAGCUGGCGGAACUGCCGGAGGAGGAUUCUAUGGUGCUGGGUGUCAUCUCGUACAGCGACAGCACUUACGCGUCGGGGAACGGACGUCUACAGGCAUGGCCAAUGUUGAUGGGUUUGGUCAAUGUCCCGGAGGAGUUACGGUGGCGUGAGCCUGGGCACGCGCUAGUGGGUGUGCUCCCUUUUCCGCCGGAGUGGGCAUCGGCGACGGAGAAGACGCGGGUGUAUCAGGAGGCGUAUCGCAUCGUGAUGGGUCCGCUCAUGCACGGCCGGGGAGGUGUGGUCAAGGCAUAUCCAUGCCUCUAUGCAUUUGUUGGCGACUAUCCGGAAGGGUGCCGGGCCACAGCAACGAUGCAGCAGGCGUCGCACAGACCCCGCAAGUUUGGCGUGAAGGGCGAGACAAGGAGUGUCUUGGUGCGCAUCCCGGGUGGCUCCACCUUUUUCCGCAGCGGGGCGAAUUACGCGGCGUUCGAGUAUCGUGGCAUGAUGCAGGUUUUCCCUAUUGUCAUUUCCGACCUGUGUGUGGGGCGCUCUGCGGAGGAAAGGGACCAGAGGGAUAAGGAGGUUCGUGCCUUCCGCUACUAUGCGGUCUUCUACAAGUCCCUGCUGGCUGGCACCGUGAAGGGCCCCGUGCGCGGAAGCAACUGGAAAGACAUACCAAGGAGGAUUGUUGAGGAGGAGACGCAACGCAAGAUCACUCGGGAGAUUGCAGCGCUGUCAGGAGGAGGGAGAACUUACUACACCGCCCUGCGAGAGGCUGUGCGCAGCAUGAAGCCCGCGCUGACCCGCACCAGCAAGGCCAUGUGUCUCAUGACGGCAGACGAUCCACUGCGGAUGCUGUACAGGGAGACGGUCGGCAGCGAGUUUGACAACAUGGUGCACACCGCAGUGGCCAUCCCUAGCACGAAAGGGGGGUACUUGGUUCCGAAGGCGAUGUUCGUGAAAGCAAGCCCGAAGGAGAACUGGUUCACCGACAUUGCAAUACCGGGAGAGAGGGAGGAGGAGGAGGAGGAGGAGGAGGAGGAGUGGUGGUAUGCGCGGUGUCUCUGUAUUUUCAGGGCGGUGAACUACAGCGGGGAGGAAGGUGCAUAUGUAUUCGUGAAGUAUUACGAGGAAGAGGGGGUGUGUCCCCAGACACUUUGCCCCCAACUGGUGCCGGGGCGGAAGGAGGCCACGCACGGGAUCAUUGAAGUUGCAUCGAUCGAGCGCAUUGUCCACGUGUGCAAGUCCUUUACUAAUCCUAGAGUCAGGCUACUCAAUAGGUUUGCACUCAUCGACUGA